CGCGGCGGGCCCCGAGACUGCCCGGGACCCGGCCCCUAGGGCGAGCGGCGGCGGUAUAGGCGGCGGCUGAGAGCUCCGGCCGGGCGGGGAGGCCUCGGAGCCCGCCAGCGGCGGUUGCUGGGAGCCUGCCUUGCGUUGUGGGGCCGGGAACCUGAGGCGCCCGGAAGUUUGUGAUUCAAGUUGCCGGGUUCUUGGGUGCACGCCGCCGACUCAGGGCGAGCGGGGAGGCCGAGCCUGGCUUUGCAACGGCCGGGACCGGGGACCCUCUCAGGGCUGCACAGCCCGCGAGCCACAGCCUGGUUUCCGGCUACAGUUUCUCUUGACACUUGCCAUCCUUGUUUCCACCCUUCCUGUCCAGGGUGGUCCUCCUAGAAUGGGCAUGUCCAGGACUGUGGAAGAACACUGGCGAGAAAGUGCCUCCGGGUGAGCAAAGAUCAGUAACUGCCGGCUUGUGAUGGGUGACAGUUUUUUCUAGUGCUAUGGCAUGGACCAAAAUAAGAAAUAAAUUUCCGUCGCUGAUUGCAAAGUAAAAAAGAAGCAGGCGACAGACUGAGGGCUGCCAGGCGAACGAUGGAAGCCUGCGAAGAUCUAGAAAUGUCCAGGGGUAAAUCUCAGAACCCCAGGGGGAACCAGCGACCCGAACUUGAAGGACCACAGGCCAGCGGUCCUGAGGCCCUGGGGAAAGACUCUGCGGAGAUGUGGCGCCAGAAACACCAGCUGCAGGGCAAAUACACGGAGACCAGCCACAGUGAACAGCAAGAUCGAGACAGAGUGUUUGAAGAACUUAUCACGGUGGUCCAAGAAAUGAAAACACACUUCCCGUCGGCGAGACACAGCAAACCAAGCACUCUGGACGCCCUCAACUAUGCCCUUCGCUGUGUGCACAGCGUUCAAGCAAACAGUGAGUUCUUCCAGAGUCUCCGGCAGAACAACGGAGCGCCUCAAGCGGAUGCGACCGUGUACCGUCCGGAGGAGCUGGCCACUAUUGCUUCGGAGCACGCUUCCAAAAACACAGAUACCUUUGUGGCAGUUUUUUCAUUUCUGUCCGGGCGAUUAGUGCACAUUUCCGAACAAGCCCCCUCAGUCCUGAACUGCAGGAAGGAGCUCUUGGAGUCCUCGCCCUUCACUGAACUGCUUGCGCCUCAGGAUGUGGGCGUGUUCUACUCGCACACCGCCCACGCCCAGCUUCCUUUCUGGAACAACUGGACCCAAAGAGCCUCGCCGCAUGACCUCGUGCCUGUGAAGUCCUUUUUCUGCAGGAUCCGUGGAGGCAACGCCGGGAAGCCCGAGCGGCCGUACGGCCCGUUCCGGAUCGUCCCCUAUCUGAUCCACCUGCACAGCCCUGCCCGCCUGGAGCCCGAGCCCUGCUGUCUCCUGCUGAUGGAGAAGGUUCGUUCUGGUUACGCAGCUCCUCGAAUCCCAGAGAAUAAAAGGGUUUUUACCACAACACACACCCCAGGGUGCGUUUUUCUUGAAAUAGAUGAAAGAGCAGUGCCUCUGCUGGGUUACCUGCCCCAGGAUCUGAUCGGCACAUCCAUCCUGACGCACCUGCACCCGGAAGAUGCUGCUCUGAUGCUCGCCGUACACCAGAAGGUCUUGAAGCUUGCAGGCCAGCCUCCCUUUGACCACUCACCCAUUAGAUUCUGUUCUCAAAAUGGGGAUUACAUCGUCCUGGAUUCCAGCUGGUCCAGCUUUGUGAACCCCUGGAGCCGGAAAAUUUCUCUCAUCAUCGGUCAGCAUCAAGUUCGAACGACUCCACUAAAUGAGGAUGUUUUUGCCACCAGAAUAAAAAAGAUGAACAGUAGUGACAAAGACAUAACAGAAUUACAAGAACAAAUUCACAAACUUCUCUUACAGCCAGUCCGCGGGGGGAGCCCGGCCGGCGGCGGCUGCGGGAGCCUGGGAAGCAGCGGGUCACCCGAGCAUCCUGUGAGCCUCGCCUCUUCCAGCGGGUCCAGUGGGCGCUGCGAGGAGGAGCCCAGGGCAGCGUCGACUUUGCAGCAGGUCCACGCCAGUGUAGACAAAGUCAAGACUCCAGGUCAGCAGCUCUACAGCGAGUCAAGGACCGAAUCCCCAAAGAAGCAGGUGACAGGGACCCGCACAGCUGGGCCUGGCGAAUUGACUGCAGCAGUGGAUGGAACCCCAGCCUUUGAGCCCUGGACCCUUAACAGACACCCAGCUCCACUGCUCCCAGAAGACUUUAAACACAGAGGCCUCACAGAGGCUGUCCCGUCGGCCCACACGCAGAAGGAAGAGCAGAGUUACGUGGAUAAAUUCCAGGAAAAGGUUCCGUCAUCAUCCUACAGCCUCUGUCUUCAGCAGGAAAACAGAGGCAAAACGAAAUAUGCACAUGGGCAAGGAGAUCCUGUUCCCCCUCCGACCCGAUCCGCUGGUUGCAAGAAGGGGAAGCCCAGGCGAAAGAAGCUGCUCUUGCUGUCGGAGAGCAAGGGCGCCGCGGACAGCAUCUGUCCCCCGCUCCGCCCAGAGGUCCAGGCUGGACAGCCCUGGUGCCCUGCCUCUGCCUCCUCUCCCCAGGCCUCUGGCCUGUCACUCGCAGCUGCAGUGAUAGUUCCCAGCCCGGCCCCUUAUGUGUUUCCAGCUCUUUCCCUCCCAGCCGUGACCUCCGUGGGAGGAGAAGGCGCAGCCUCGGGCCCUGCACCGCCCAGCCCACCCGAGCCGCCUGUCCCCCGUGGCUCGUGGUCCUUGCCUGCUCUCCCCUCUGCUUGCUUAGACCCUUUUAUGAACCUUUUCCUGCAUGACCCCCCCGUCUGUGCUCUUUUGUCACCAUCCUUCGCCUCGUAUCCGUUCUUGGGAGCACCAGGCACCUCUGAACUACCUCCCUCAGUCUCAGCACUGGCUGCAGACCUGGACGCCGCCUCUUCCUUCAUCAGCGAAAGGCCUGGUGAGGAGAAGUGGGGGGCACAGAGUGAAGCGCAUCCCCUCCAUCUCUCAGGGGCCAGCUCCCCGCUACAGCUCAGCCUCCUGCCGGGGGACAUGCCCAGAUCCGGGAAAGCGUCAGGUCCCAUGAGAAGGGAUGUUUGCCCGGAAGCCGAGCGUUGUGUUGGUGGCCCCAGCGGGAAUAAGAACAGCUAUUUUACUGCCAGUGACCUGCCCACAGUAUCACUCCACAAGGCGUCGCCACCGGAAACUGGUUCUGCAGCCACAGGAAGCAGCCGCAGCAAUAUCGAUUUUGCUAGUAGUGAUUCUUCUCCUGAAAUCACCCCAGGUGGGCAGCAGUCUCAGGAUGAACAGAGGAAAGAAACAUUUCCCGGCUUGGUCGAAGACUCCAUCUGGAGAAUGAUAGAGCAAACACCUGAGUGCAUUCUGAUGACCUAUCAGGUGCCCAAGAGGGUGGAAGAAAUCGUACUGAGAGAAGACCUAGAAAAACUUGAAAGCAUGAGGCGGCGGCAGCCACACUUUUCUCACGGACAGAGGAAGGAGCUGGCCGCCGUGUAUGCGUGGAUUCAGAGCCAGACUGUCCCUCAAGAAAGGGACACCCAGAUGACUCCCACCUGUUCUCGUUCCUUUCUGGAGGCUGUGUCCCUUGUGGAAACAAAGAUUCAGCCGGGGAAGCCGGUGCUGCUACAGAGUCCCGUGGUCGGGACCCAGCAGGAGAUGGCAACUGAGUGACUCUGGAGAUCCGCCUGCACCCCGUCUCCAGACCUGCUGGCCAUCUGGACUGCCUGGUGAUUCUAAGCCCCUCGGUCUUAAAUGACCGCAACGUUAGCGUUGAAUGUUAAGGGUUUCCCUGCUUGAUUUUUUUAAUAGACAUCAUUUUUCUGCAGCAGACAUUGUGUAUAGACUAUCUUACGUCUCUUUUUCCCUGAUGUGUUAAAACUGUCAAAUAGACUCUUUUUCUAGUGUAGCUGUCUUCUGAUGAGAUUGGAUGGCCUCUAAAGAGUGUAGCGUCCAACUUUAUUUAAAGCGUUGCUCAAAAUAAAUCAUCAUUGGAAGUAUAGCUGGAAAGCACCCCCAA